UCGUAGGAUAUUCGAAACGAGAACCAGCAGACUGCCGAUCUGUUCGACAGUUUUCGUUGUUUAAGUGUUGCCGGCAAGUUUUUAAUUCGCUUUUAAGAACUUAUCGUCCCAUUGGAUCAAAUUCGUGGUGAAUCCAGUAGAAGGGGCUUCAACGUGACAAUAAAUACAAAUUUCGCAAGGGAAGUUUCCAACGAUCCGCCAAUAUGGCUUCAAUCAUCCCCUGCCUUCUCGCCGUUGUUUUCGCAAUUGGCGCAGCCAACGGAUUGAAAUGCUACUCCUGCAAUAGUAAAGACUCCACUCGAUGUGGCUAUGGUAUAGCUUCUUUUACGUAUCCAGUUCAAGAAUGCGUCAGCGCCGGCAUACUAGACAGCAUUGCCGGUGCAAAAUGCUACAAAAUAACAGCCAAGGACAGCGAUGGUUCAGAGUACAUCGCUCGCGGUUGCCAAGCUCCACCGGCAUUUGGAUGCGACGCCAUAGCCAAGACUGCUGGGUGGUUGACAGGCUAUUCUAGUGGCAACCAGUUCACCGAUAUUCAGUGUGACGUCUGCGACGUGGACAAGUGCAACUCGGCCUCCCAACUAACUGGAUUUACCAUACUUGGAUUGAUUUUGGCCACAAUUGCAUUCCUCUUUUAAACCGUUUGAUUGAUUGCUAUUAUUUGUUACAUUGUGUAUAUUUUGUAUUGUUUCUGUUAUUUUUCAGAUGUCUUUCGUGAUAUGUUUUAGGUCGGUAGGGAUAUUGUUUUCUCUAGAAUAUAGAUGUGCUUUGUAAUUUAAGAGGUUUUGUCUGUAUAUCCUAUAGCUUACUUAUGAUUUAAGGCAUCAUUGGAGUUAUGCGCUAGUAGGUUUAUACGUAAUUUACAUUCCAUUCCCGCACACGUUAAAAUAGAGGUACUAAAGGAUCAGCUGACAAAGUGGCAUAAAUAAAUCAAAUGAAAUAUUUUAAAAAACAUUUUGUGAAUUACUUUGCUCACUUUUUAUACAUUAAUGAACACCUCAUAUAUUUAUAUAUUAAAUUGUUGCAAUAAAUCUUUCUACAACUAUAUAUUUUUUUAAUAUAUAACUUAUAUAUGUAUAUUGGAAAACGUAUAUACCUACUGUUUCAAAAUGAAAAACUAUAUAUUUAACAUUUUAUCGAUGUUUUUAAGUAGUGUUUGUUACCAUCAAAGAUAUUUUAUGUAAAUGCUUUUGUGAAAAUAAAAGUCUAAUUAAGCUACUGGUUAAACUGCAAAAAUUAUGUGUAUUUUG